ACUCAUACUUUCCUCCUUUGUUUCUCUCUCUCUCUCUCUCUCUCUCUAUCUCGCUCUCUUGGAGUCAACAAUUCAUAGGGGUUGAAUACAGAGCCAAGUUUCAGCUCUCUGAGCUUAAAGUUUCACGAUUAUCUCCAACUCUAAUUCCCAGAAAUUCUAAUUUCUAUUGGGAAUUAUUUUUGUUGUAAAAGCAAAAGAGUUUGCUUAUUUUGUUAAAACAGAUUCCAAAAAGCUGUUUUUCUUGUUUUUAGAAACCAAUAAAUAAACGUGUCCUUUAAUUCCUUUUAUGUUCUGCUAGUCUCGAACAAGAUUCUGAAUAUCUACCAAGAUUCUGAAUCUCACAACUCUGUCGGAUUUAGUGGAUUGUUGUAAUCAAACUGCAACGAUUUCUCUACUCUUUUAAUUUCCUAAACAAACAGAGCAUUAUACUCUACCUGUUUUAUUUAAUUUCCUACGUUUUUUCCCCGGAAAGUUUGUAAAUUUUCCCGGAAAAACUCAAAGCCACGGAAGCUUUUGCUGAUCUUAUGGUGUAACUGACUUGUUUGAUCAUUUGCUACAGUAUUUAAAAAAAAAAUAGAAAGAAAAGAAAGGAGAGACAAUGGAGGGCGGGAAAAGCGUGGCCGAAAAUAAAGUAAGAAACGAAGUUAUUCUUCAGAUUUCGGGAACCGAAGAAACUUUCGGUGCGGCAAAAGAAACUCUAGGAGGCUCUUCUUCGGCAUCACAGGCUUUUUCUCCGAAUUCCCAAAUUGGGUCUUCACCAAAUGCAGCCAAAUAUUCGAACAUUGAGCUAAAAGAGCUUCAGAGUCUAAGAUGCAGAGUCGAAACGACCACUUCUGAAUCUGCUUCUCCAGAGAUUUCAAUUGCAAAGCCGAGCCCCACUGUGAGUAAGCCUCCGAAGAUCCCAACCGAGCCCCUUUCUCGACGAGCAACGCUGUCGAGGUCGGCGUUCUCCAAACCCAAGUCCAGAUUGGUGGAGCCACCAGGGCCCACCGAUGCAAAUUUGGCUGAAGAGAAGGCCCGCAUAAAGUCCAACAGGAACUCAUCCUUUGGAAGUUCGCCUAAACUCAAUGUCACAACUCCCGGAGAAACUCUCAAAUCAGGCCCCAUAACCCCUAGAACCCCUUUGAUUGGAACUCCAGGAGGUGAAGAAGAUGAUGAUGAUGAUGUCUAUAAGACUGCAAAUCUUAAAGUGAGUGAGAGGUACAGAAAGAAGGUGAAAUUGUUGGCCUUGAUUGAAUGGUUUUCAUUUGUGUUCAUUAUUGCUUUUUUAAUUGCUAGCUUAACUGUCAACAGAUUGGUAGACAAAAUGAUUUGGGGUUUGGAAAUAUGGAAAUGGUGUGUGCUGGUUUUGGUAAUAAUCUGCGGUAGAUUAGUAACCGAGUGGUUGAUUAAUGUUUUGGUUUUUCUGAUUGAGAUGAAUUUUUUCCUGAAGAAGAAGGUUUUGUAUUUUGUUUAUGGGUUGAAGAGAAGUGUGCAGAUUUUCAUUUGGUUAGGUUUGGUACUUUUGGCAUGGGGUUUGUUGAUCAAUCGUGGAGUGAAGAGGUCUAAGGACACUACCAAGGUUCUUAAUUAUGUUACAAGGGCUCUAGCUUCUUGUUUAAUAGGAGCAGCCAUUUGGUUGGCCAAGACUUUGUUGUUGAAAAUAGUAGCUUCUAACUUCCAGGCCACCAGGUUCUUUGAUCGGAUUCAAGAAUCAAUCUUUCAUCAGUAUAUUUUGAGGACCCUAUCUGGGCCUCCAUUGAUGGAGAUGGCAGAGAGGGUGGGGAGCACAGCGAGUACAGGACAAUUGAGUUUUAGAAAUUUCAAGGAAAAAGAUGAGAACAAACAGGCAGGAAAAGAAGAGGUCAUUGAUAUUGAGAAGCUCAAAAAGAUGAAGCAAGAGAAAGUUUCUGCUUGGACAAUGAAAGGUUUAAUCAGCGUGAUAAAUAGUUCUGGAUUGACUACACUUGUUGAUGAUGAUGAGGACGAGCCGAAGGAUGAGCAGAUCACAAGUGAAUGGGAAGCAAAAGCUGCAGCUUAUCGGAUUUUCCAGAAUGUCGCCAAGCCUCAUAGCAAGUACAUUGAUGAAGAUGACCUUUUGCGCUUUAUGAGAAAGGAAGAGGUGGACCUUGUGCUUCCUCUGUUUGAAGGAGCGGUCGAAACUGGAAAGAUCAAGAGAAAAUCUUUAAAGAACUGGCUGGUGAAUGUUUACCUUGAACGCAAAUCGCUGGCCCAUUCUUUGAAUGAUACCAAAACAGCCAUUGACGAGCUGAAUAGGCUUGUCUCGAUGAUUGUAAUUGUUGUGAUCAUUGUUGUGUGGUUAAUCUUGAUGGGAUUUUUGACAACACAAAUACUUGUCUUCAUUUCAUCCCAGCUUUUAUUGGUGGCGUUCAUGUUUGGCAACACUGCUAAAACUGUGUUUGAAGCCAUCAUAUUUGUAUUUGUGAUGCACCCAUUCGAUGUGGGGGAUCGUUGUGUUAUCGAUGGAGUACAGAUGAUUGUUGAAGAGAUGAACAUAUUAAAUACGGUCUUCUUGAGAUAUGACAACGAGAAAAUUUUUUAUCCGAACACUGUUCUGGCAACAAAACCCAUCAGCAACUUCUUCAGGAGCCCAGAAAUGAGCGAUUCUGUUGAAUUUGCGAUUGAUGUCUCUACCUCAAUUGAGACUGUUGGAGCCCUAAAAUCAAGAAUAAAAGGGUAUUUGGAGAGCAAGCCUCAACACUGGCGUCCUGGUCAUAGUGUGGUGGUAAAGGAGAUUGAAGAUGUGAACAAGAUGAAAAUGGCUCUCUAUAUUACACAUACUAUAAAUUUUCAGAACUAUGGUGAUAAGACCAACCGCAGGUCCGAACUAGUAUUAGAGAUGAAGAAAAUAUUUGAAGAUCUUCAUAUUAAAUAUCACCUGCUUCCUCAAGAAGUACAUGUCAGCUAUGUGGGUUCGGCAGCUUCAGAAUUUCCACCGGCAACGAGCUGAUCUCCUUCUCUCCUGCAAAUCUGCAUGUAUGUAACUUCAAUAUUCUCAGAAGCAAUUGGCUCAGCUUUCAAAUUUAUGAUAUUAACUUUCAUUUUGUACUCCUUUAUGGGUUAUUGCCUGUUAAGGAACUUUUUCUACAAUUUUAACAACGUUAACAAACCUCAUUGUUCCUAUUUGAACUUUGUUGUUAAAUUGACUGCACCGCAGGGAUGCAAAUGCAGGAGAUGCCCAAAAUGUAAAAGAAAAGAAAAGGGUAGGAUGUGUUGUAUAUCAUUCUUGGAAUAUUUGCAGUUCUUUGUAAAUUUUGGAUAAACAACUUUGCGUUUUAUGUUCAAAGGAA